GUUAUAAAUACGGCGCGGCACACCUCCAACUCAUGAACGUGCUAUCAACACGCUGGUCACGUCUCUAUUACUUCGUGAGGACUGUUAUAUAACGGGUCAGCAGAGAUGAAAGACAUCACAGUAAUGUUGGCGCUCGUGGUUCUGAGAGUUUGCGGGAAACACAUAAAUGACGGAUAUUGUGUGGAUGGAAAAUGCUUCGUCGUCCACGUACACAGUGCGAGUUUUGACGCUGCCCAGCUCGUCUGUCAAGAGAAAGGAGGACAUCUGAUGACCGUGCGCACCGAAAAAGUGGCCGAUGUUCUCGGUAGGUUGUUGACCAGCGCUUCUGGAGACUUUUGGCUUGGGCUGAAAUAUCCGUGUUCAGACUCAAACAAUGGGUUAAAGGGAUACAGAUGGGUCACUGGAGACAGCACAACCAACUACGUCAACUGGAAAAGCAACUUAACGGUUUGUUCUCGGUGUGUAUCGGUGUCACGAAAAGUUCUCAAAUGGACCGAAAGAGCAUGCAAUAACAGAAUCGAGGGUUUUUUGUGCGAAUACAACAACACUGAUUACUGCCCGCCGCUUAGCAACGAUGCACCAGUCUCAUAUCAAACCCAUUUCGGAUUUACAGCAAAGGAAGAGCUCAAAGAGAUUCCUCAAUACAGCAAUGCAACACUGCAGCCGCUGAGAACGAGACACGUUUGUUUCGAAGGUGCAUGGCAUCAAGCACCUUGGAGUUGUGAAGUUGGUGGUGGUGGAUGUGAAUAUAAGUGCAUUCAGGAAGAGCAAAAGAGCACCUGCAUCUGCCCGCCUGGAUUUAAACUCGACAUCAACAAUGUCACAUGCAGCAAGGACGAUGACCCUUGCGCGCACGUGGGAUGUCAGCACAACUGCACAAGACAUGGCGAUGCAUUCGCGUGCACGUGUCGCCCGGGGUUUCAUCUAGGUGCAGAUGGGAAGUCUUGCGAAGACUGCAACCCCGGCUUUUACAUGGAAAGUGGCGUUUGCGUGGAUGAUAACGAAUGCAUGUUUGCACCGUGCGAGCACUACUGCAUCAACACUAACGGUAGCUACCACUGUACGUGCCGUCAGGGAUACAUCCAGUCUGAGGAGGACAGUAAUAAAUGUAAAAUGCACUGUACGGAAAGCAAAUGCAAAGCUCACUGUGAUACCAACAACCACGCACAGUGUAACUGUCCUGAUGGUUUCCUAUUUAUUGACAUGGAUAAGUCUUGCGUUGACAUGAAUGAAUGCGAGAUUGGUUUCUGUGACCAGAAAUGUGAAAAUACACCUGGAGGAUUUCAAUGUUCUUGCGAUAAAGGAUUCGUGCUUAUAGACAAGUUGCACUGUAUAAAAAACUUUAAGGGUUCAGGCAACUCAACGCCUUUUGAUAAUUCUAUACCUACGAGCAGAUCUCCAACAGACAAGACAGCGUCCAUCUCAGCUGCCAGUCUUUUAGGAAUAAUGGUUUGCAUCGUUCUUUGUAUUCUUUUACUGGUCUGCCUCGCUCAAUGCAUAAUGAGACGUCUUAGUAAAAUGCACCACUAUGAUAUGGACAACGGCCACCAUGAAAUCUUAUUUUUUCAACAGGUGAUCAUUGAAAAUCCCAGCACACAAAAGACAUUCCCAAGUAGAUAUCUAAAAACAGACACUUAAAGUCGGACGUCACGCAGACUGCAAUGUAAAUAGUAUAUUAAGUAAAUAUAUUUGAUGUGGUAUGUAAACAAAAAAUAUAUUAGGCUUAGUGCAAUUUUCCUUGCACAAGUCUGAAUGUCAGUAUUGCUGAAUGGUGUUGUAUGAAGAGAAUAAAUGCUAAAUUUUAAUAUAAUUUCAUUUACAGUAGCCUUCCUUGAUUCGUCCUCUCUCUCUACAAUCUGUGUCCAAAUAUGAAGAUAGACUUUUUAUUUAAUCUUAUGUUAUUGCCUUCCUACAGAAGUUUCUGCUUGUCUUCUGAGUAAUGUUGGUAAAGGACCCCCUCUAGUGGGCAGUAAGGAACUAGUUCAAGUGCACUAAGGUUUCUUCAUAAUCGUGCAUCACUCACGUGAAAUCAAAUGUUAGUGUUUUUUCUUCAAGAGUGGCAAGAGUUGAUGUCCUAUCAUUGCAGUUGCUAUCAGUUGGCUAUUCCUUGAUCAUUCCUGUAUUGCACAAUUGUAUUCAGUUUCUACGUUGUUUAUGUCAUUGUAAACAAAUAAACUAAGAUUCUGGUCUUAAAA